AACAGACUCAGCCCAGUUCCUGGAGCAGCAUUAAACGAGGGGGGGUGUCUUACUGUAUGACAGUAUUUCACUGCGCUGAGACGUGUGACAGCGUUUUCUGCCAGUUCUGCGUUAAAAAAAAACCCUCUCCAGGAUGUUUUGGUUCAUGCAGGGUCUCUGCUUUCUGCCAACGUUUUUGGUCAUCUGGUCCUCGAGCACUUUCAUUAUUUCCUACCUUAUUGCGCUUCUCAGACGUGAUGUCGACAUAGUCUUCCCAUACAUAAGUGACACAAGUGCACAACCCCCGGAGAGCUGCAUUUUUGGCCUUAUGACAUUCAUCUCUGCAUGUGCAGGAAUAGCCACCAUGUACGCCAGGUACAAAUAUGUGCAGAAGCUAAGUGAGGAAACACAUGUGGUGAGCCCCUGUCUCAAUGGAAGUGCUCUUUAUGUUGGGAUGAUGUCCUGUUUGGGCAUGUGCAUUGUUGCAACCUUCCAGGAAAUAACAGUGACAUACGCUCAUGAUGCAGGAGCUCUGAUUUUCUUCGUGUCGGGAAUCUCCUACAUUAUCCUACAAACUGUUGUAUCGUAUAAGGCUUAUCCAUACGGGUGCUCCAGGAAGGUGAUCGCAAUACGCUUGUGUAUCUCCAUCAUUGCUACUUUAGCAUUUUUCCCCACUGUCGUCUGUGCAUAUUUUGUGAACCAAACCGAGCUGCACAGAGACCCCGACGACAAGGACUAUCCUUAUCAGUUAGCCAGCGCUGUGUGCGAGUGGACGGUUGCGUUCAGCUUCAUUUGCUUCUUCUUCACAUACAUUCACGAUUUCAAACUUUUUACUCUUCAGGUGAAGGCAGUGUGCGAGGGUUACUCCUGAUCCGUCUGCAGCUGCCAAAACUUGAAACAAACACCAGCGUUUUUAACUUCUGAAGAUGUGCUGCACUUAUUUUUGUAAAGAUUUUAAUCUCUUGUAUUUUUUUUUACACUAUUUUUUUUACAACAUUUACGCUGAAAAAUACAGCCUGACUGAAUAUGUUGAUAUAUUAUAGCUGGUACUUUUGACGUUCGUAUUUAUACAUACCUGUAAGUCAGGAGUGGUUUUAAAGAGGGGAAAAAAACUGACCACAGCCUGUAUCUUUAUAUUGUUUUAUACAAUCUGAAAUCAUUUAUACAAGUGUCCUGAUUGGGGCCCGUGUUCAGUCACUUUGCACUUUGCCCUUGAUUGCCACACCAGCGUGUCAUUCUGUCAAACCUGUGACACCAAUAAGAGAAGUUCAUCACACAGGGAACACAUGACUGUCACUCGAGUUUGAAUGGGAAAAAAAAAACAAUCAAACUGACACACGUGUUCUGUGUGUAAUUAUGAGAAAAUGUGAUCAGUGUCAAUGCAAGAUUCUUAUCAUGAUGAAAAAUGGGGAAAUUCUUCAAAUGCUGCCACUUCACUUAUCAGUGUUUUUAUAAUUGUGUUUCCUUUGGACAGCUUGACUUUUUGUAUCAGGCACAGAGUUUAGAUUUUGUUCCACUUACUGUAAACUUUUCACAGUUGGAACAGAUACGGUUUCUUCUCAGGCUGCUACACAGUUCAUCAGUGCAGCUCUUAUUAUUGUAUCUUGAAUGUGUCUACAGCCUGGAGCUCAUGCACUGAGAAUGAGGCUGCUACAUGGAUACGUUUGCUCAGGCAAAUUCAAUCACCCCAAUGUCAUAAACAGAAAUGGAACUCUUUGUGAAUUAAAGAUUAUUUAUGCCACAUACAAGCCCCAAAUGUAUGUUUUCCAUCCCUAGACAGAGCCUCUUGUUUUUAUUUGAAUGUUUUUCAGGAGCUUGAGGAAAAAAACUGUAUUAUUGUUGCAGAAAAUGUUGAAAAAUAAAAAACCCUGGGAAUUUGGGAACCACUCGUAGAGGGCAUGAGACUAACAUGUGGUUUUUCCAAAGACACAAUCCCGGGCUGUAAACUGUAAGAGGACAAACUAGAGACACAGAUCAUAUUAAUGUUCACUACAGAUAGUGUCUUUACAAAGGAGUUGAUGCUUUAAUCUAUUACUGUGUAUUGGUGUUCUGUGAAUGAAUGUUACAGACAAAGGAGCACUGCUGAGCUGCAAAAUAAAGAAACACUUUUUUUAAAGCAAAUGGAUUGUUUAUUUAUUUCAACAUUACUUUAGAGGGGAAACAAGAGAGGCCUUCCAGACUUCUUUAACUUUUUCAGUCAUUGUGGUGUAAAAUCCAUUCAUGGGAAAUGUGCAUGAAUCUGACUCUCUCAUUUUGUUGCUCAAUCAAACUUUACUCAGUUUCACAACUGUACAUUUUUUUUGAGCGUGUGGUCACAAGUCCUGACAAAUGCAAUGUGAUCUGUCGGCACAACCGACAAAGUUAAAAGCUGCAGUUUACAUUUUUUUUUUUUUUUUUUUUAAUAAAGGCUGUUUUCUGGGUUUUAUAGUAGAGAUAGGACAGUGGAUAGAGUCGGAAAUCAGGGAGAGAGAGAGAGUGGGGGAUGACAUCGUGGAAGGGAUUCAGACCCGGGACGCCCGCCUGGAAGACCACAGCCUCCAUACAUGGGACGUGCGCACAAAAAAACCACUAAUCCACCAUCGCCCAAAGUUGAAUUUUUAAGUGUUUUUCACUUAUUUACAUCUUGUUUACUCUUUAUAUAUGCAAAGGUUAGUACGCAACACGAUGUUAUUACCGGAGUAUUUUAGAACUCCAGCAAUCCACUGAGUUCAAUAAUUAAGUGGAACUACAAACAGACAAUGCAUCCCUAUUUAUUUAUUAUCGUCUUCAACUCAUAACACAGCAGGGAGUUUUCAGCUGGUGAGUCAAAGUACUUAUAAAAAGCUUUUUUAGUUUUCAGAUGCAAUAUUUAGAUUUUUAAAUUAAUUGUUAAUCAUCCUAAAUAUAUUAAAUAAUUAAGUGUGCAACAAGGCCUGGACUGGGUCUAAAUACUUCUACUUUAAUUAAUAAAGCAAGAGAGGUCUUA